AUGUCGGGCGGUCCUACGCGCGGGAAUACCCAGCGCUCGCGGAACAGCCUGAUAGAUUUAGAAAACGAGCAGCCCGUGUACGCGGGCGGCCAGCGGUCCGACCUGAACGAUGACGACCUCCUCCGAUCCUACACCACCGACCACGACCCUCAAAGCAGACCAUCCGUAUCCUAUGAUGACUUUGUAGGUAGUGCUGGCGUCGCCGGUCCUGCCGCCGGUUCUACUGCCGGUCCCUACGGAUUGAAUCGAUACGAAAGCAACCAGUCCGGGUUGGGCAACUAUCAACGGUACGCCGACGAUUUUGAUGAUUACCCUACCGAUGCCGAGUCCUACUAUCAACCUGGUGGUACUGUGCCUUCGACAAAUCCGGCGGCUACGGGGCGUCAAAACGCGCGGCAACGAAAUAGCGUUCUGGGGCUAGGCGGAGGGUUCAUGGGUCGGAUGAAGAAUAAGCUCGGCAUGGGCCAGGGCUACUCUGAGAUGGAUCUUCCCCUCACGGAACAAGGCACCGCCAGGGUGGACUCUGGAAACCUCGACCAGAGGAGUACGAAGAAGGAGGGCAAGUUCGACCUGGGCAACUUCAAGUUUGGCUUCGGACGAUCGAAGCCCGAUCCCUCGACACUGGGCCCCCGUAUCAUCUACUUAAACAACCCCCGCGAAUGCUACGAACAAAUAUGUCGACAACCACAUCUCGACAGCCAAGUACAACGUCGCUACUUUCCUCCCCAAGUUCCUCUUCGAACAAUUCUCCAAAGUCGCCAACAUCUUCUUCUUAUUUACCGCCGCGCUACAACAAAUCCCUGGCCUCUCGCCCACGAACCGAUAUACUACCAUCGCCCCCUUCUUGUGGUGCUCUUGGUCUCUGCCGGCAAAGAACUGGCGGAAGACUACAAGAGAAGACAGGCCGAUAAGAACCUUAACAUGUCCAAGGCCCGCGUCUUGCGUGGGUCCGACUUUACCGAAACGAAAUGGAUUAACGUGGCCGUCGGCGACAUCAUCAGGGUUCAGUCGGAAGAGCCGUUCCCUGCUGAUUUAGUGCUCCUCGCUAGCUCCGAACCCGAGGGUCUUUGCUACAUCGAAACCGCCAAUCUCGAUGGCGAAACAAAUCUCAAGAUCAAGCAAGGCCUCCCUGAGACAUCAACCAUGGUGAGCCCCGCAGAGCUCGCGCGCCUUGGCGGGCGUAUCAAGUCAGAGCAGCCCAACAGCAGCUUGUACACAUACGAGGCCACCAUCACAAUGCAAACCGGUGGUGGUGAAAAGGAACUCCCGCUCAACCCCGAACAACUCCUCCUUCGUGGCGCCACCCUGAGAAACACGCCAUGGGUACAUGGCGUAGUUGUCUUUACCGGCCACGAGACCAAGCUCAUGCGCAAUGCCACCGCCGCACCGAUCAAACGCACCAAGGUGGAGAGAAAGCUCAACAGCCUCGUCCUCUUGCUCAUCCUGAUUCUCUUGGUUCUCAGCAUCAUCUCGACUGUCGGCGACCUCGUGACUCGCCGGCUUCACUUCGAUAGCCUUCAAUACCUUAUGCUCGACCCUAUUAGCGAUGCCGGCCAGAUCGUACGCGCCAUCCUCAAGGAUAUGGUGACGUACUGGGUGCUCUUUUCGUCGCUUGUCCCCAUCUCGCUUUUCGUCACCCUCGAAAUGGUCAAGCUUUACCAAGGCCUGCUUAUCAACGACGACCUAGACAUGUACCAUGACCUCACGGAUACACCGGCUAACUGCAGAACGUCCAGCUUGGUGGAAGAGCUUGGCAUGGUGGAGUACGUCUUUUCGGACAAGACAGGCACCCUGACCUGCAACAUGAUGGAGUUCAAGCAAUGCAGCAUCGCCGGUAUACAAUAUGCUGAUGAGGUCCCUGAGGACCGCCGCGCCACCUUGGAGGAUGGAGUCGAGGUUGGCAUCCAUGAUUUCAAGCGCCUACGACAGAACCUUGCAGAGCAGCACGAAACCGCCAUGGCCAUCGACCACUUCCUGGCUCUCCUUGCCACGUGCCACACCGUCAUUCCCGAGCGGGAUGAGGAGAAGGGUGGCAAGAUCAAGUACCAGGCGGCGUCUCCCGACGAAGGUGCUUUGGUGGCUGGCGCUGUCGAACUCGGUUACACAUUUACAGCCCGUAAGCCUAAGUCUGUCAUUAUCGAUGCCGCCGGACGGGAGUGCGAGUACGAGCUUCUAGCGGUGUGCGAAUUCAACUCGACCCGAAAGCGAAUGUCAACCAUCUACAGGUGCCCCGAUGGCAAGAUUCGAUGCUACUGCAAGGGAGCCGACACUGUGAUUCUCGAGCGCCUCAACGAAAAUAACCCCCAUGUAGAAGUAACCCUCAGGCAUCUGGAAGAGUACGCGUCCGAGGGUCUACGAACCCUGUGUCUGGCGAUGCGCGAGAUCCCCGAGGCUGAAUAUCAGGAGUGGUGGAAGGUGUACGAUCGGGCUCAAACGACCGUAGGUGGCAACCGCGCGGACGAACUUGACAAGGCCGCCGAGAUCAUCGAGCACGACUUCUUCCUCCUCGGUGCAACUGCCAUCGAAGACAAGCUUCAGGACGGAGUGCCUGAGACGAUCCACACGCUUCAACAGGCGGGUAUCAAGGUCUGGGUCCUGACGGGCGACAGACAAGAGACGGCUAUCAACAUUGGUAUGAGCUGCAAGCUUCUCAGCGAGGACAUGAUGCUUCUCAUCGUCAAUGAGGAAUCGGCCGAGGCGACACGCGACAACCUCCAGAAGAAGAUUGACGCGAUCCGGACGCAAGGAGACGGCACGAUCGAGCUCGACACGCUAGCUCUCAUCAUUGACGGAAAGUCGCUCACGUACGCGCUAGAGAAGGAUUUGGAAAAGCUAUUCCUCGACCUCGCCGUCAUGUGUAAGGCCGUCAUUUGCUGCCGUGUGUCCCCGUUGCAAAAGGCGCUCGUGGUCAAGCUUGUCAAGCGGUAUCAGAAGGAGUCGAUCCUCCUCGCGAUCGGCGAUGGAGCAAACGACGUGUCGAUGAUUCAGGCUGCGCACAUUGGAGUUGGUAUCAGCGGUAUGGAGGGUCUGCAGGCGGCACGUAGCGCCGACGUGGCGAUUGCGCAGUUCCGGUACUUGCGGAAACUACUGCUCGUUCACGGGGCCUGGAGCUACCAGCGAGUGAGCAAAACGAUUCUGUUCUCGUUUUACAAGAACAUCACGCUCUACAUGACGCAGUUCUGGUACACCUUCCAAAACGUGUUUUCGGGUCAAGUCAUCUAUGAGUCCUGGACGCUGUCCUUCUACAACGUGUUCUAUACCGUUCUUCCGCCUCUGGCGCUAGGUAUCCUGGAUCAGUUUAUCUCGGCGCGCCUCUUGGACCGUUACCCGCAGCUCUACAUGAUGGGUCAGCGCAACGAAUUCUUCAAGCUCAAGGUGUUUGCACAGUGGGUGGCCAACGCCGUGUACCACUCCAUCAUCUUGUACGUAUUUGGGCAGUUUAUCUGGUAUGACGGGCUUAUGCUGGCGGACGGCAAGAUUGCCGACCACUGGGUUUGGGGCACCGCCAUGUACGGGGCGGUUCUCCUCACGGUGCUUGGUAAGGCAGCGCUCAUCACGACCAACUGGACCAAGUACCAUGUGUUGGCUAUCCCAGGCUCGAUGGCGGUGUGGUGGGUAUUCAUCGCGGUGUACGGAACGGUGGCCCCCAUGGUCAAUGUGUCAACCGAGUACCACGGCGUCAUUCCCAAGCUAUACGCGAGCCCGGCCUCGUAUGGAACAAUUCCAAAGGCAAUUCGCAAAGUCCGGCAGGUGCAGCGGAUGCGCAAGCAGCGCGGCUACGCCUUCUCGCAGGCGGAAGAAGGCCAGACCAAACUUAUCCAGGCGUACGAUACGACACAGCACCGUGGCCGGUACGGAGAGAUGGCAAGCUCGCGGCCUGGUGUAGGAGGCCCGAGUCCCUUCUAA